UGUCAGAGUGAUUAGUAAUCGACUAUGAUCAUCGAACGCACAGACACGGCAGUAUAGAGCACUAAUCAGCCAUGGUCGAUUGUGACUCAUAUUGCGAAUAAAGCCUCUUCACUUGAGACUUAUCAAUCUUCCUUCUAUCUACAUAUCUCGAGAAAAGCUCUCUAGAUGGCGAGCACCACAACUACGACAGAGCACAUUGAGCUCUCAAAUCUGCGCAACGAGUCGCCGGUUCCACUUACCAACUUUACCCCCGCAGAUUCACGACAAAUCUUUAUCAAUCAAAAUCCAGACGAGAUACCAGAGGAUACUCCCUACUCUACGACAGUGAUUCCAAAUGGCGGCUACGGGUGGGUCAUUGUCGCAGCAGGCUUCAUCACGACUUUCUGCCAGAAUGGUAUUAUCAACUGCUGGGGCGUGCUGCAAGCAGCACUGCUUAACUCAACUCUUAAGGAUGAAAAGGCCUCAACGUUGACCUUUGUUGGUUCUUUCGGCCUCGCUGGAGGGGCGAUGUACGGUCUUCUCGUCGUCCGCUUCAUGCGUUGGUUCGGCGCUCGACUGACAGGCAUGCUUGGAGUUUUCCUCAUGGGCAUGGGCAUGAUCAGUGCCAGCUUCUGCGCUUCUAAUGUCGCUGGACUCUUCGGUACGUUUGGUGUAAUUGGCGGUGUCGGCAUGGCAAUGAGCUACACAUGCUCGAAUGCGCUCCCAGUGCAGUACUUCAGCUCUCGACUAGGACUUGCGAACGGCAUUAUUAAGCUGGGAGGCGGUGUGGGAGGCUGUGUAAUGGCUAUCGCGCUCGAAGCCAUGUACCAAAGAGCCGGUAUUGAAUGGACAUUCCGCUUUCAGGGCUUCCUUACGCUGGCAGUAGGCAUGCCAGCUGCCUUCCUGCUCAAAGACCGCGUGCCACUAAAGACCGCACCAUUCUUCGACGCUAGCAUGUUUUGUUCCAUUCCUUUCUUGGCAACCUUCAUUGCUAGUGCAGUCGGAGUCUUUGCUCUUUACAUUCCCCCUUAUUACCUGCCCUUAUUUGCGCAGUCUAUCGGCCUCAGUUCUGCAACAGGUGCUGCUCUAGUCUCUGCUUUUAAUGCGUGCAAUGCUAUUGGACGCUUUUGUGCUGGGCCACUUUGCGAUAAGGUCGGGCCUCUGAACAUGUUUGUUAUGGUGAUGGUAGUCAACGCUGUCAGCAUGCUUGCCAUCUGGCCUGUCUCUGACACGCUCACACCCCUUAUCAUAUUUGCGACGGUCAAUGGAAUUGCCAACGGCGCUUAUUUUACCACGCAGCCUACUGUCGUAGCCGGCAUCUUCGGGCCUGGUAGAGCUACAGUCGCGAUGAGCAUGUCAGUGACGGGCUGGUCUGCAGGUUAUCUGAUGGGUGCGCCAAUUGCAGGUUACUUACUUCAGGCUGCAGGAGCCGGCAAACAAAACGCGGGUGUUGGACAAAGUGUUGAGGUGUAUCGACCCGCUAUCUUCUACGCAGGUGGAAUGGCUACGCUUUCUGCUCUGUUUGUGAUCCUGGCAAGGUUGACAGUGGCAAAGAAGGUUUUUAAGCGAGUGUAAGGAUUAGAACUAGAGUUGCGAUGCUUAGGCAAGCGAAGAAGUAUGUAAGAGGUAAGAACUCCGCCUAAAAGUGCGUAUUGUUACGAGAGGUGGUAUGGGGUUCGGAACGCAUGCAGCUUUGUCCACUAUAUACAUGUACCACAUCUUCGUUACCGUAGCGGCAAUGACUUCUCUUCCACGACCUCACUCGUAUCCUUCACAGCCACAGCCUCCGGGCUGGCGGCCGGUGUAAGCCACGGUGCUGGCGCAUCACUCUGGACCCCCUUUAUUGUAUCCGU